UGUUUAGUCAAACAGACAUGAGAUAGAGCUACUAUUCCAUUUAGAUUAAUGGUGGUUGAUGUUUAGUGAAACAGACAUGAGAUAGAGCUACUAUUCCAUUUAGAUUAAUGAUGGUUGAUGUUUAGUGAAACAGACAUGAGAUAGAGCUACUAUUCCAUUUAGAUUAAUGAUGGUUGAUGCUUAGUGAAACAGACAUGAGAUAGAGCUACUAUUCCAUUUAGAUUAAUGAUGGUUGAUGCUUAGUGAAACAGCCAUGAGAUAGAGCUACUAUUCCAUUUAGAUUAAUGAUGGUUGAUGUUUAGUGAAACAGACAUGAGGUAGAGCUACUAUUCCAUUUAGAUUAAUGAUGGUUGAUGCUUAGUGAAACAGACAUGAGAUAGAGCUACUAUUCCAUUUAGAUUAAUGAUGGUUGAUGUUUAGUGAAACAGACAUGAGAUAGAGCUACUAUUCCAUUUAGAUUAAUGAUGGUUGAUGUUUAGUGAAACAGACAUGAGAUAGAGCUACUAUUCCAUUUAGAUUAAUGAUGGUUGAUGUUUAGUGAAACAGACAUGAGAUAGAGCUACUAUUCCAUUUAGAUUAAUGGUGGUUGAUGUUUAGUGAAACAGACAUGAGAUAGAGCUACUAUUCCAUUUAGAUUAAUGAUGGUUGAUGCUUAGUGAAACAGACAUGAGAUAGAGCUACUAUUCCAUUUAGAUUAAUGAUGGUUGAUGUUUAGUGAAACAGACAUGAGAUAGAGCUACUAUUCCAUUUAGAUUAAUGAUGGUUGAUGUUUAGUGAAACAGACAUGAGGUAGAGCUACAAUUCCAUUUAGAUUAAUGAUGGUUGAUUUUACAGUUCUAAAUACUGACACCAUUUGAAAAAUGUACUUGUGUUUCAGCUGUUGAGGGUCACAGUUAUUUCCACGUGACUUACACCCAUCAGAGGAUCUGUACCUUGAAGGGGACAUCAGUGGACAUAUCCUGCUCUUAUACUUAUCCCAGUGGUCAUACAGUCUCUGAAACAAUCUGGUAUACAAAAGGAAAACUUGAUGAGGCGUCUCAAAUCCUGAGCCCGGGGUAUGGAGGUCGUGUGGAGUACCUUGGAAAUAUGCAGAGUGACUCCAUCCUGAGAAUCACAGACCUGAGAGAGGAGGAUUCAGAUGAGUAUAAGUUUAGAUUCAGAACAGAUCAGACAACCUGGGAGCCCACCUUCCCUGGAACAACUCUGACUGUCACAGGUCUGCAGGUGAAGGUGACUCCUGCCACUGUGACAGAGGGACAGAAGGUGACACUGACCUGUAGCACCACCUGUACUCUGAGUGACAACCCCACCUACAUCUGGUACAAGAAUGGACAUGUAACCAACCAAUCUACCAGUCUGUUCCUAAACCCAGUCAGCAGUGAGGAUGCAGGCAGAUACUCCUGUUCUGUAGAAGGACAUGAGGAUCUCCCCUCUGCUGAAGAGACUCUCACUGUCACAUAUGGACCAAAGGACACCUCAGUGUCAGUCAGUCCCUCUGGUGAAAUAGUGGAGGGCAGUUCAGUGACUCUGACCUGCAGCAGUGAUGCCAACCCACCUGUGGACAAAUACACCUGGUACAAGAAGAACGUAACCUCACCAAAAGCAUCAGGACAGAGUUACAGCAUCACUAACAUCAUCUCUGAGGACAGAGGAGAAUAUUACUGUGAGGCCCAGAAUGGAAGAGGAUCUAUGAACUCUACAGCUCUGAUGAUCAUUGUAGCAGGGAAACAAACAUCAGUUCUGACUGCAGCUGUAGGAAUCAUAGUGGUUGUUCUGGUUCUCAUCCUCUGUCUCUCUGGACUCAUGUGGUUCAGGAGAUCCACAGCAGGAAGUGAUGCCACAACAGGGAUACAGAGUGUCCAUCCUGAUCCUAACAGUGAGACGUACACAGCUCUGAACAUGAAGACCAGGUCACCAGAGUAUGACACCCUGGCAAAUGUGAGGGACUCCCCCACUGUCACAAUCCCUCAGAUAUAUGCUGAUCCCUCCGAUUAUGAGAACUACUACCCGUCCUGAAGAGAACCACCACAGAACCUGGACUAAAGAGAAACACCACAGAACCUUGAGUGAAGAGAACCACCACAGAACCUGGACUGAAGAGAACCACAACAGAACCUGGACUGAAGAGAACCACCACAGAACCUGGACUGAAGAGAACCACAACAGAACCUGGACU